AUGAAUCAGGCAAGAGGCAAAAGACCCGAUGGAUGGACGGACGGGCCAGCCGUCACGGAGCGGGCCGACGUUCCCGUACCAAACGAGAUUAAUAGAGAUCCGCCUGUCAGCCGGACGCCUCUCCGUCUGAGCGAGAUCCAGCGGCUUCCAGACGGCCAGUCUUCUCGCAGAUCGCAACCUGCGUGGGCAACAACCGAUCGUGAUCGAUCGCACGCUUGCUGUGAUAAGAAUUCGGGCGACGAAGGGAGGGUGCGCAGAGAAGAGGUACGGCAACAUGUGUGCUGCGCGAGACACGAAAGGAUGAUCGACGUUGGAUACGGAAUAUCGGGAGAGAUUAUCCAAAUCGAUGCCGGCCAUUGUCGCAAAUUGUGUCCGCGACACGUUUUGGACGAUCCUGGGGACGCGAGCCAACCCGCGGUGCAGAGAUGCUUUCCGGAAUCGCAUUGUCGUCCAAAGGCCACGAAAUUAGAGAGGGUCUCGACGAUCCAAGGCGUUCGCGUGAUCGAAGUGACAGAAGCUUGCGAGUGCACGAAAGAUUCAUCAUGUAAACGAGAAUCCUUGACGCAUCUAGUACAUUCCGGAACGCCUCAUCAAGCCGUGAUGGAUGUCGGAGUGUGUAUGGGCCAUUGUGCUAAAGAUCUCGGAUGUAAAGCAACGAGGAACAGCACGUCUAGCAUCAAGGGCCCGAAUGGGGACGAAGUGUACCAGGUGAUCGAGAAGUGUGGCUGCGCCGGGGCGUGCCACAAAAUGGACCACAUGGAGACCGUUCUGGACUUCAGCGAAGUCGAAAUUAUGGACGGAACGAACACGACGGACGUCAGGCCGAUCGUUCGUCAUAUCAACGUCGGACAGUGCGUCGGGACGUGUCCGGGGAACGAGACUGAAAUGUGCAUUCUGCGGGACAAAAAGGAGCCAUCGAGAUGCGUCGCCGGUUUGUACUCGAAUCAACACACCUGCACACCGGCCAAAUUCGAAGUACACGAGUACAGGACUCGUCGAGGUUCGAAGAGAGAGAUCAUACAAAUCACUCAGUGUGCCUGCGUUUAAAUUGGGCAGAGAGAAUCAAAGGAGCCUCCUCGACCCAACGGACCAGCGGAACAUAACGAUUUAAACUAUUUUACGCGUCGCGUAAUCGCACAGUACCGUUUCAAUGUUCCUACAUGC